AUUAGCAGAGUGACACAGCUGCCUUACAGAGAGCCAGGGGCAAUUUCAAGAAACCUGUGGAGUACACUUCUACAACUACGAGAAGAACUUUUUUAUCCAGCUGAAUUAAAAGAUCAUACCAGGAGUCAAAAUGAAGUUCAUCUUCCAGUCCUUCCUCUAUUGCUGUCUGCUGGUGACAGUAGGACACUGCUUGGAACUUGAAGUGAACCCAGAGUCCAAAAAAAGACUAAGCAUAUGGCUCGGGAGGAGAUUGAGACGGGAUCUCCACAGUGAAUCAGUACAGAGGAUAGCAGAGUCUGAGAACUUUGUCAGACCAGAAGAUAUCAGGGAUACUUUGCUGCCACAUUCCAGCACUGACAUCAAUGUCCGAACCAAGAGGUCCAAAAACUCAGCCAACCAGUCCAGGAGACAAGGCUGCUCACUGGGCACUUGCACAGUGCACGACCUGGCACACCGCCUCCACCAGCUCAACAACAAGUUGAAGAUCGGGAGUGCCCCUAUAGACAAGAUCAGCCCACAAGGAUACGGCCGGAGGCGUCGAUCUCUUCCCCCACAAAGAGUCACACUGAGGCUGGAGCAGGGCAGGCUGAGGCCCGUGUGGAGCGUAACUGACUCACAAGUUCAGAAGCUGGAGGCUCUCCUCAGACGGACAUGAGCAGGACUUUGUGCAAGAAUAGUCGGGAACAAAAGCGAGGGAGUUAGUGUCCUCACUGUUCUGUUCUGAAAAAAUUCUCGAAAUGCCUCAGACUCUUGCCAAGUUUUUCUCCAGCAUGUCUUUUUCCAGGCAGGAGGACUGAGUGAGAGCAAGAGCGGCUGCACUGAGUUUCUGUGAAGGCUGCAGCUCAGAGAUGGAGAGAAACCAGCAGAUGGCUUACAGACACUGGAUGGCAUGGCUUGGAGCAAAGUGCAGGUGUUUCUCUCUGGGAGAAAAGCAGAGUGGUAAUGCCUGGCAAAGUGGACACAUCCUCUGGCUUGAAGAAGGAACUCUUUUCUUACAUUCUGGGACUUAACACAUUUCUUCCUCAAGGCCAGAACUUUGAUAAGUGCUAUCCUCCAAGGAUUAUACCAUCAUGUUCCAAACUGUCAGUACUUGUAUGCACUUUUCCAUGUGGACUAAAAGUCAAAUGAAUCAUCAGGAAAAGACAUCUUCAUUGCAAUGCCAACAGGAACAUGGGCUAAGGAGUUUAUAUAAAGUUUUGGACACUGUAUAAGGGAAAAUGCCUUAGAUUCUGUGAGAUAUGUGCCAAUCCACGAUGGAUUGAAAUAUACUUGAAUUUGUUAUUGUAAUGUACAAAACCAUGUGCAAUCUAUAUUUGUUUUUAUCGCAGGUAUAUGUAUAUAUGAAAUCCUCUAUUUAAAUAUUAUAUAAAAGUUACAUUUAAGUACUUAUGCAGAUAGAACUAUUUUUGUACAGGAAGAAAUAUAUAUGGGCAUUGUAGCUAUUUGUCAUUAUUCUUUUGCAAACUGUGGUAAUAGGAUAUCUGUUUUAUAGUUAUAUUAUAUAUUUUUCAAAUGUGCUCUAUUUUAUUUGUGUCAAAACAAUUACAUUGUCAUUCAAUAAACAUUUUGCAUACAAAAUUAA